AUGCAGCACAUCUCUAGAAAUCAACGGAACAACAACCAGAGUCUCGCGAUGAGAAACAUAUUUGGAGAGACAGCCGAUGAGCCAGAUUUCACUUUACCCACAACAAUUACACGAAUCUACUACAAGAGGUCAGCAGAAUUCUCAGUAUUGCCGCUUGUCAUUGCACUCUUAGAACUUGAAACAGAUGGGUGA